GGCCCGGCUCGUGGGUGAAGUCAGCAGAUGGGGGCGUGGUCAGACAGUAGGGGCGAGUGUAGGGCUCGCGAGCUCUUCCAACGCUCCAGGUGUCCCGCCUGUGCUCGAGACCAGAACUGUUUGGAUUUAACAGUCCGUGGACGGCCGGAGUCUGAGACCUCCCAGCCAGCCCCGCAAUGUGGCACCCGCUGGUCCUGCUGCUGCUGCUCCCCUCUGCUUCGGUGCCCCCCUGUACUGCAGCCUCGAUCCGCGGUGCUGACGCCCAGGAGAGUUCCUCGGGUUUUCUAGGCCUCCAGAGUCUACUCCAAGGUUUCACCCGGCUUUUCCUGAAAGAUGACCUGCUUCGGGGUAUGGAUAGCUUCUUCUCUCCCCCUGUUGACGUCCGGGGCCUCCCCAGGAACUACCACCAAGAAGAGAAACAGGAGCGUCAGCUGGGGAGCAAUACUCUCUCCAGCCACCUCCAGAUAGACAAGGUGACUGACAACAAGACAGGAGAGGUGCUGAUCUCAGAGAAGGUGGUGGCAUCCAUCCAGCCAGAAAAGGGGAGCUUGGAGGGUGACUGGAAGGUACCCAAGAUAGAGGAGAAGGAAGCCCAGGUGCCCAUCCCAAAGGUGAUGGACAACUCCCACCCAGAACUCCAUCCCCGCCGAGUGGCCUUUUGGAUCAUGAAGCUGCCACGGCGGAGGUCCCACCAGGAUGCCCAGGAGAGCGGCCAAUGGCUCAGUGAGAAGCGACACCGCCUGCAGGCCAUCCGGGAUGGGCUCCGAGAGGGGACUCGCAAGGACGGCCUUGAAGAGGGGACCCAGAGUUCCUCUCACGCCAAGCUGCGUGCCCGCAAGACCCACUUCCUGUAUAUCCUCAGGCCCUCCCAGCAGCUAUAGGGGAGGGGAGGGGGGAAUACCUGCAUGCAUCCCCCGCUAGACCCUACCCCUAUCACCAUAUGGAAAUUAAACAUUUUCUUAGAUCUGGCA